GUGACGAACGCAGAGGGGAAAGCGGCUGGAGUCAGAGUGGAGGUGGCAGAGGAGUCCCGAAGAACAGUGAACAGUCCGCUGAAAAAGUUUGUUCUUUGCAGAAGGGGACUCGUGCAACCUAUUUGGCCUACUUUUGUACUCGAGGACAUAGAGCAACAUGAGGUGGUGUGUGGUGUUCCUGACCCUCUUCGCCAUUGCUUGCGCUGUGGACUACCAUGAGCUUGUUGGAGCACAGUGGGAAGCCUUCAAGGCAACUCAUGGCAAAGAAUAUGAAUCUAAGACCGAAGAACACUUCAGGAAGAAGAUAUUCAUGGAGAACAGUCACAAGGUUGCACGUCAUAAUGCAAAGUUUGCACGAAAUGAAGUGUCGUACAAGUUGGCCAUGAAUGAGUUCGGUGACUUGUUGCAUCAGGAGUUUGUGAGUACGCGCAACGGCUUCAAACGUAACUAUCGUGAAUUUGGGAACAGUGGAAGCACCUACCUGGAGCCAGCCAAUGUGAACGACACCCACUUGCCACACACUGUAGAUUGGAGGAAAGAGGGAGCAGUAACGCCAGUGAAGAACCAGGGACAGUGUGGAUCUUGCUGGGCUUUCAGUACUACCGGAUCACUUGAAGGACAACAUUUUCGCAAGACCCACGUGUUAGUGUCCCUGAGUGAGCAAAACUUGGUUGACUGUUCAAAAUCGUUUGGCAACAACGGUUGCAAUGGAGGACUGAUGGACAACGCAUUCCGUUACAUCAAGGAAAAUGGCGGUAUUGACACAGAGAAGAGCUACCCGUAUAAUGGCACGGAGGGCACGUGCGAGUUCCGCAAGAGCCGAGUUGGAGCAACUGACUCUGGGUUUGUGGACAUUGAGAGUGGCAGUGAGCUGAAGCUGAAGCGAGCAGUGGCCACCGUUGGACCCGUCUCUGUGGCUAUCGAUGCCAGCCACGAGUCCUUCCAGUUUUAUUCUGAAGGUGUGUAUGAUGAACCUGACUGUGACUCUGAGGAGCUUGACCAUGGAGUGCUUGUGGUAGGCUAUGGAACAUUGGAUGGCAUACCUUACUGGUUGGUCAAGAACAGCUGGGGCACAACGUGGGGUGACGAAGGAUAUGUGUACAUGAAGAGGAAUGAUGACAACAUGUGUGGCAUUGCUACCCAGGCUAGCUACCCUCUCGUCUGAACUUGGGCCACCCAGCCAUGCUCUACUCAAUCACAUCAUGUACUCAUGCCACAAUUUUUGCUUGUUCGAAUACUCUGAGAUUUCUUAUCCUUGAGAGACAGAGAAAGAGUGAGUGAGUCUACCAGCCAUACAGUAGGUUUGUUGAGGAAAUGGUCUUUUAACUGUCUUCCAUGAUGUCAUGAUUAGCUCGACUUUUAUUACCUUCGAUUUACGUUUUGUGUGUUUCGAUUUGCUAGCUAGAGUGUUCUUUAGCUUGUGUUAUAGCAGACACAAUUUCGUUUGCAUUAUUAGGUCACAAUUUACAUAUUCUGAUAUUAAAUAAUGUCAAUAUUAUCUAUGAGAUGUGAUGACCGAGGCGCUGGCAUUUAUUCUUUAGUUGCUGUUUUAGUAGCUCUGUGGCAUUGAACAACUCCAACUCCAGUUUUAGAACUAGUAGUCACAACUUUAUUGUAUGUCAUUGUGCGCAUAAUGUUAUGCCACAGUGUUUGAGCAUAUAAUUGUUUCAUUGUCCUUAUCCAUGUUUUAGUAUUUUUGCAUCUUUUCUAUCACAAAUGCAAUGUGGCAGUUGGAAUGUACUGUGGCAUUUUGUAAGAAGCAGUCUUUGUAUUUGUAGGUCCCUGACAGUACUGUACGUAGAAUACUUUGUUCUUGCCUUGCCAUAUGCAAGGAGAUGUGAUAUGCAUAGCGACUUUUGCUAGGUGUGUCUUUGGAGCUCAGGAUGCAUUUCUUAAGAAAAUUGUUUGCCUUUCUCUUUUGUAUGAUGCAAUGUUUAGAGCAGAAAUAUCAUUUUGUUUUACUUAGGGGACCUUCAAUUAAACGAAUUCCCAUUGUCUGUCGUA